UACAGUCCAUAUCCAACCGCCAUGCGCCCUGCGCCCAAUACCAAAGGAUCCAAACUCCAAAGCCAACAGUAUUAUUAUACUCAUAUUCCAAUUUUUAAUUUUAAUUAACGAAAUAUAUUCUUCCCAAUAGAAAAAUCAACAAUAUCAACAUUACAGCAAGGUGUGUUGACAUAAUCGCCAACAUAUACAUACAUACAAUUAUUAUAGAUACAAGAAGAUAAUUUAUAUAUCAAUGUUACGAUUGCGAUCGCUAUGGUUGACAACAACUACUACUACUUGUUCAAAAUCAUCUCUUCCAUUUAAAUAUCAAAUUCUUAAAAAUAAUAAUAAUAAUAGUAAUUGUUAUUCUCCAAUAAUCAUAUCUUGUUGCUCAUUAAAGAAAAUGGAAACGGCGUCGUAUUCAACGGAAUCUAAGAAGAAGAAGUUGUUAUUUCGACAGUUGUUUGAGAAGGAAUCAUCUACUUAUACAUAUCUUUUAGCUGAUGCUUCUCAUCCCGAUAAACCUGCUUUGUUGGUUGACCCUGUAGAUAGGACCGUAGAUAGGGAUCUUUCUCUUGUAAAAGAUCUGGGAUUGAAACUUGUAUAUGCGAUCAACACUCAUGUGCACGCCGAUCAUGUCACUGGAACUGGGCUGAUCAAGACUAAAGUUCCUGGUGUCAAAUCUAUCAUUUCAAAAGCAAGCAAAGCGUCAGCUGAUAUAUUUGUUGAGGCUGGUGAUAAGAUUCAGUUUGGUGAUCUUUAUUUGGAGGUUCGUGCAACUCCAGGUCAUACCGUAGGUUGUGUUACCUAUGUUACUGGUGAUGGACCUGAUCAGCCUCAACCAAGAAUGGCAUUUACUGGUGAUGCUGUACUAAUACGUGGAUGUGGGAGAACUGAUUUUCAGGGUGGAAGUUCGCAGCAGCUAUAUGAAUCAGUCCACUCACAGAUCUUUACAUUGCCAAAGGACACAUUCAUUUAUCCUGCUCAUGAUUACAAAGGCUACACGGUUAGCACCGUGGAAGAAGAGAUGUUAUACAACCCUCGCCUCACCAAGGAUGAGAAAACCUUCAAAAGCAUCAUGGAAAAUUUGAAGCUCUCAUAUCCGAAGAUGAUAGAUGUGGCGGUGCCAGCAAACAUGGUUUGUGGUCUUCAGGAUGUGGAGUCAAAAGCUGCGUGAAUUCAAUUAUAUGCUUCUUGUACAAUAAUAAAUAGCUUAUAGAAAGAAAGGUUUGUAACUAAAUUGUUUGCGAGAUUCGCAACUGUAUCUUUCUGAUUACAAAGGAAUAAUUUUACCA